AAGUCACUGUGCAAGCAAAGGCAAAAAACAAUCAAGUCACUGUGCAAGCAAAGGUAAAAAACAAUCAAGUCACUGUGCAAGCAAAGGUAAAAAACAAUCAAGUCACUGUACAAGCAAAGGCAAAAAACAAUCAAGUCACUGUGCAAGCAAAGGCAAAAAACAAUCAAGUCACUGUGCAAGCAAAGGCAAAAAACAAUCAAGUCACUGUACAAGCAAAGGUAAAAAAACAAUCAAGUCACUGUGCAAGCAAAGGCAAAAAACAAUCAAGUCACUGUGCAAGCAAAGGCAAAAAACAAUCGUGUCGACCGUGUUCACGCAAGCAAAAAACAAAAACAAAAAACAACGACAAACCGUCGGGCGCGCCGCGAUGGCCAUCGCAUCGUCCCCGGCGACGGACGGGGCGGGAUGCGACGGGAGUGCGACUGAGAAGUUGCCGGCAGCGGCGGCGGAGGAGGAUGUCAUCACGGAGUCUCCCUAUGCAGCGACGCGCGCGAGCUGGUCGGCGUACGCGUACGCGCGCCAGCCAUCCCAGCCCCUCCUUCCCGGACUCCGCUCCGGAGACCUGAUCCUGGAAAUCUGGGGCUACAAGAAGCACCGAGUAAAACACAUGCUGACAUGGAUGGGAAUCGUUCUCACGCUGGGCAUGCUGCGGCUCGUUUUCCACUGGCUACCGCAGUACUACGUGAAGGCAUCGCAUCAGCAGUGCCCCCUUGAGGAAGCCGAGAAGAUUUUACUCAGGGAUCAACAUUUCCAGUGGUUCAUUCAUGACGUGCACAUCAUUACACCUCCCGAAGAUCCGAGCAGCCGCCACUCAGCCGAUGUGAGCCUGCAUCAGAUGGGGGAGGUGGCUCAUAAGCCUUACCUCGUGGUCCCAGGCAAACAGGGGACGUUCAAAGAGGUGUCGCAGAUCAAAUACUUCACCAGUAAGAAGGUGAAGUACAUCUGGAAUACGGCGAGCCAGAACUUCGUCCGACUGACGAGUUUCGACGAAGACACCCCUUGCUCCUUCUUCUACACGUGCAAGGGACUACUGGACGAAGACCAGGAGAUCAGGCAGCUUGUCUACGACACAAACGAGAUCAAGGUUCGAUUAUGGCCCAUCUACGAGAUCGUGUACAGAGAGAUCGUGAAUCCCUUCUACGUCUUCCAACUGUUCAGCUGUCUGCUGUGGUAUUUCGACGAGUACUGGAUAUACGCAACCUGCAUCGUCGUCAUGACUGCCUCUUCACUCACUUUCUACGUAUACUCGUUCAGAAAGAUGCAGACGGAGCUCCGUGACAAGGUUGUGUCACACGAUGUCAUUACUGUAUGGAGGACGGGUGAAGCUUACGUUGACGUGGAGACAGAGAAGCUGGUGCCGGGUGACGUGAUCGUCAUCCCGCCGCACGGCUGUGUCAUGCAGUGCGACGCCGUCCUCGUCUCCGGCAACUGCAUUGUCAACGAGAGCAUGCUCACAGGUGAGAGCGUUCCCGUCACUAAGACGCCGCUGCCGAACCCUAAAGGCGAGGAAGUGUCGUACUCGAUCAAACAGCACUCGCGACACACGCUCUUCUGCGGCACAAAGAUCAUACAGACGCGUUACUACGGCAACGAGAAGGUCAAGGCCGUCGUUGUGCGAACAGGUUUCAGCACGGCUAAGGGAGAGCUGGUGCGCGCCAUCAUGUUCCCGAAGCCGAUCGACUUCAAGUUCAACCGGCACUCGUACUACUUUGUGCUGUGCCUCGGCGGAUGCGCCCUCGUCGGUCUCAUCUACACCUUCAUCGUAAUGUCUCGGUCCGGCGUGCCCGUCGGUCAGAUGGUCAUCCGUGCGCUGGACAUCAUAACGAUCGCCGUGCCGCCGGCACUGCCCGCCGCACUCACGAUCGGUAUCGUGUACGCACGCGAGCGCCUCAAGAAGAAACACAUCUACUGCCUCAGCCAGAACAGCAUCAACAUCUGCGGAGUCAUCAACGCCGUCUGCUUUGACAAGACUGGAACACUGACAGAAGAUGGAUUGGACAUGUGGGGAGUUGCGCCAGUUGAAAAUAGCAGGUUUCAGCGUGAGGUACAGGACGCGAGCACACUGCCGCACAACGACGACCUGCAGUGCUGCAUGGCCGCCUGCCACUCCCUCACCGUCAUCGACGGCGACAUCGUUGGCGACCCCCUCGACCUGAAGAUGUUCGAGUCGACCGGCUGGGAGCUGGAGGAGCCAGGAAUCGAUGACACCGUGAAAUUCGAUCAGAUGAUGCCGACCGUGGUGCGGCCCAGGAAACCUGACAUCGUGACGUCGUCGGAGUCUGUGGAACACAACACGCCGUUUGAGGUCGGCAUAGUGAGACAGUUCACAUUCUCGUCGAGUCUGCAGCGCAUGAGUGUGAUCACGCGCAAGCUGGGGGCCGCCAACUUCCAGCUCUACGUCAAGGGAUCGCCCGAGAUGAUCAUCUCCCUGUCGAAACCUGAGACCGUACCUGGAGACUUCAGCACGCACCUGCACGCGUACACGCGGCAGGGCUACCGUGUCAUAGGCGUCGCCUGCAAGCCCCUGCCCCACCUCACCUGGGUGAAGGCUCAGCGUAUCACUAGGGACCGCGUGGAGCACGAUCUCGAUUUCCUCGGGCUGCUGGUGAUGGAGAAUCGACUGAAGCGCGAGUCGGCACCUGUCAUCAAGAUUCUGCGCGACGUCAGCAUCCGGACCAUGAUGAUCACAGGCGACAACAUGCUGACCGCGUUGAGCGUCGCGCGCGACUGCGGCAUGAUCGAUAAAGAUGCUGAGGUUGUGCUCGUCAGCGCCACCUACGAUAGCGUCUCGUUCGUGCCGGAGGAAUGCCCGCAGCAGGACGAGAACAUCAUGGAGGUCGGGGAGAAGGCAAACAAGAAAGAUGGCCGCCGGCAGAACCAAUACCAUUUUGCGACGACGGGCCCGUCGUUCGCGAUGAUACGCGACUACCACUCCGAACUCCUUCCUCGGUUGAUUCUACGAGGCACGGUCUAUGCAAGGAUGAAUCCAGACCAGAAGGCUCAACUUAUAGAACACGUUCAGGACGUGGGGUACAAUGUGGCAAUGUGCGGAGAUGGUGCAAAUGACUGUGGGGCCCUAAAGACUGCACACACGGGUAUCUCGCUGUCAGAAGCUGAGGCGUCGGUCGCUAGCCCCUUCACCUCCCUCCAACAAAAUAUCAAAUGCGUUCCCACUGUGAUAAGGGAGGGCCGGGCCGCACUGGUCACGUCAUUCGGCAUGUUCAAGUACAUGGCCUGCUACAGCCUCACUCAGUUCGUCUCCGUCAUGAUUCUCUACUGGCUCGGUGCAAGCCUAACGGAUCUGGAAUUUCUGUGGAUUGACCUUUUCCUGUUGACCGUGCUCGGAGUCCUGUUUGGAAGGACGGGCGCCUAUCCGAUCCUUGUUAAGGAGACACCGCCGGCUAGCCUGAUGAGCGUCACGCCUCUGCUGUCCGUCUUCUGCCAGAUGACGAUCAUCACCAUCAUACAGGUCGUCUCCUAUGUGUUCAUCACCACCCAGCCGUGGUUUGUGCCGUUUGAGCGUAACGAUGAGGAGGAGUACGACAGCUACGAGAACCACGUCGUAUUCGUCGUCUCACAGUUCCAGUACAUCACGCUCGCCUUCGUCUUCUCAAAGGGAGCGCCGUACCGAAACACUGUGCUCUCCAACCGUCUGCUGUGUGUGACGUUUGUCUUGCUGACGGCCGCCUGCGUCUACAUCACCAUAUACCCGGCCGACUGGCUCGUGCGCAUCAUGGAGCUGAAGCCACCGCCGGACAUCAAGUUCAGCGCUCUGCUCGUUCUCAUCGCCGUCGUCAACUUCUUCAUCUGCGUCAUCUGCGAGAUGUUCUUCGUCGACUACCUGUUCUUCCGGGUGCUAAGGUCGAAGGUCGCGUGGCUGCGACGCAAGAAGCGCGAGUACGACGUCAUCGAGUCGGAGCUGCUCGCCGAUCCAUCAUGGCCGCCGAUCGACCGGUCGGCCAAGGCUGCUGUGCAGGCGCGGAGCAAUUGUCUGGCGGUGGAAACCACGAGCCUGCCGACGGAGACCGCGACAAUGACAGACGCCUCGCCACAGCAGACGCUGACAGACGCCGCGCCACAGCAGACGCUGAUAGACACCGGCGUUCAGCUCGCAGACGUCUCUCUGCUAGAGAGCGCCACAGAUGACGACGACGCGCCCGCGGAGUCGCCGGACGACGGCGAGUCGGCGCGAUUCGAAUACAGCUCCCUCUAGCGUCGGCGGCGGCGGCAGACGUUUUUUUAAUGUAAAUAUGCAAGCCGCGCCGGGCGACGCCUGGAUGGAUUCGCCCCCAGCCGCGACUCUGCUGUGUAUAUAGAGCGACUCCCUCCUCGUCCCCCUCCCCCCAACUCACAGCACGAUCUCAUCACUAUAGGUUGCAGUGUCUGCAGUCCACACAUUAGCGCACUGUAGCGGUGGCACACGCCCGAUCCCUGUAGAUGGAGCGGGUGUUUGCGUCCAAGCAGCUCGGUUAGCGAAGGGACGUGUCGAUCGUUUGUUAGACGUACGUCGUACGUGUGUAGGUUCGAUUUGUUUCCUGCUAAGGAUCGUGGACUGUCGAACUACUAGGUAGGCUGGCCUACCACGGUCUCAUCGCUUCUUGGCUGGCUAUUCACCACUCGGGACAAACCCUGCGAAGAUUGAGUGUGCUUGCCAUAAACUUAUCACUUGUUGAAGUUGGGUUAGGGUUAGACACUAUGUUCUACACACCACCCAUGGUAGAAAAAUGCGAAGGUCCAGCGAAGAACAUAGCUAGAAUUCUAUUUGUUCUUGAAACUGGGUAGCUAUUCACCACUCAGGACAAACCCUGCAAAGAUUGGCUGAGCUUGCCAUAACCUCAUCGCUUGUUGAAGUUGGGUUAGGUUUAGACACUAUGUGCUACACACCACCCAUGGUAGAAAAAGCAGAAAAACCAAUUACCACUCAGGAUAAACCGUGCGAAAGAUAAGUGGUGGCUUCUGUAACCCGAUUCUUUCUCGGCGACUUGAAAUUGCUAGGAACUGUGAACGUUAUACGAUAAUUGUCCAAGUGCUGUGAAAAUGUGGAACGUGAUGUUCAGUGUUCGUAAGUCGUCACGUGUCGGCAUAUUCUUCGUGAUGGCCACUCUUCUAGAAAGUCCGGGUGUCUCCUAUUGUUUUAAAAUGUCAGGGCAAGGUCGCAGAGAAUGUAGGCCCCGGUUCAGUGGCCGUGAGAUGUUUCUCCGUUGUUGUUGUUAGCCUGUGCAAUUAGAGGGAGUUCAAUCGGGUGCGAAUUCCCAUCAUUCAUAUUCAGGGUAUAGGAUCCUGGUGAACAAACAGCCAAACGCCGACAGUGAAUGUUUAAGUGUCAUGGACAACAGGUAAAAUUGCGGUAUGUAGUCGAAUGCAUGUUUCAUAUAUUUGUUGCUAUGUUGUUUAUCAUUCCGUUUUUACUCGGAAUAAUCAUUGAAAAUCGUGUAAGUCACAAUCAGCGAAAAAUCGGAAAAUCAUCGGAAUAUUUUCAGAACUGCCAUCAUGGGUUGAACACUGUGUAAUAAAAUUAUAAUGAAUAAUAAUAAAAUGAAAUAGGAUUUAUAUUAUUUGUGUAAUAAAAUGUUUUUGUUAGGUUUUUCCAGAGAACGUUUGAUAGUUUUAUUCUUUAGGUACGUAGAAGGUACUGUAAAUAGUCCAGGUUGGAUGACGGGGGUAGUGUUGUGUGCAUGUGAACAUUACAAACUAUUGAAAAUUACACCAGAUAGUUUAGUGAUAUAACAAAGAUGCAUGUGCAACGGGGGGGUGGGAAGGACAAGUUUUCAAAUAAUUAUUUUGAUACAAAAUGUAAAAGUUUAUUUUCAUUUCAGGAACACUCGCACCCACGUUCUCAAUAAAACUGAACACACUGAA